AUGACCGAUCAAUGUAUUGUAUCAAUGAUUGAGUCAACUCGAAAUAUAUCAUUUGAUAAUAGUACACUUUUAACAAGUUCAGCUAUUAAUGCAUUACAUUUUCCUGAUCUUACAACAUCUGGAAUAUCGGAUACAGGUGGUAGUCGACCAGCAAGUUUUCUUUUUGAUAAUGGAAUGUAUGAAUCAAUGACAGAAAGUUUUGCGUCAACAGGAGGUCAAGAUGAAACAAUAUUAAUUAAUCAAAUAAAUAUUCAUCAAGCAGAUACAUCAAUAACAAAUAAUAAUUUAAAACUUGAAAAAAAAGAUUCAAUUACACAAAAAAAACGACGUUCACGUAAAUCACAAUAUGAUGCAUCAAUUGAUGCAAUAUUAUCACUUGAUAGAAUUGAAUCUGUUAAUUUAUUCGAUGAAAUAAAUGAAGCUGAUGAUGCUUGGUUAUAUGAAGUACCCAAAACUGAACAUAAAAAUGAUCCAACUACUGAUAAUAUAUUUUCCUGGGUACAUAAAGAAUUUAAAACAAAUGAUAUAAAAGAAAGUAAACAUAGACUUCUUUGUAAACUUGAUGAUAUGUCAAAUGCACGAACAAUACGUAGUUUAUCAUGUCACAAUUUUGUUGAUAAUCAAAGAAUUGAUAAUGUUAAAAGAAGUUUAACUGAGCAACAAGUUAAUUCAGAUAGAAUCAUCGAAAAUGAUGAUAAUGAUCAGUUUUAUAUAUUUAUUGAUGAAUCUAAUGAUGAUAAACAUUUUUAUAAUUGUUUUAAUGAUAGUUUUGUGUUUCAAACUAUUAUUAAUGAACAUCAUUUAAUUCAACGAUAUUCAUCAUUGAAUAGUCUUGAUUAUGAUAUAAACAUAUCUAGUAAACCCGUCAAAAGUGGUCGAUUGAAUUCGCCAUUACGUACAAUUAGUCCUUUAUUGAAGGAAAAUAUUAAUACUCGAUCAAUAUCACCACUUCGGCCUAAUAUUACAGUUACACAUGCUGAUGAAAAUUAUACUAAUCAUAGUACUGGUACAACUACAAUACGGUCAAGAGAUACUUCAAGAGAACGUGAAAGAGAACGAUUGGAUUAUACUGAUCUUGAAGAUCGACCAGGAAAUAAACCUCCAGUUGCCCCAAAAUCAACAAUAACAAGAAAUGGUAUUAAACCAAAUAAUAAUCGUGCAUCAAACAUGCAAACAAAUACUACAACUAAAACGAAUGGUUUUGGUGUAUCAACGGUUACACUACCAAAAUCUUUAGUGACCUCAACAACACGUGCAAGUGUUUUACCACCAAAUUCAGCUAAUAAUAAUCGUACACGACCAGUAACAAAUCGUCCAAUUCAAACUUAUCGUGGUUCUCAAACAUCUUGUAACAAUAAUAAUAAUCCUAAAGUUCAAGGUACUACAUCAUCAUCAUCAUCAGUUCAACGAAAUAGUAAAAAACCAACAAAUGGUUUUGGCUCAACGUUUACUACUAAAGAAUUUGAAUCAAAUGAAAAUGGUCUACUUACUGAUGUAAGUAAUAAACCAUUAAUAGCACCAAUACGAUCACAAGUUGGACCACAACGACGUACUGUAUUACCUCAUUCAUCAACAUAUUCAUCUGUUGAACGAAUUCCAUCAUCAUCAUCGUCGGUUAAUAUAGCAACAAGUCGACAAGCAAUUCUUCCACGUAGUUCAUCAUCAACAUUAAGUCAAGGAAGAAAAAGUGGAAUACCAUUUGUUGGAAAACAACAAAAACCUAUUAGUACUACAACUGUAACACGACCUACAUCGUCAAAUGCAAAUCCUUGUUCUAAAUCUUCGGACAGUAUGAUGGUCACGAGAACUGUUCGAGGACAAGAAUCAAUAGCACGUCCUCAAAUAUCAUUAUGGAAUGAUGGAUGUUAUUAA